AUGACUGUCAAGAAGAAUGAAGCAAGUUCUUCACCACUCUAAAUGUGUAUUCCAGACUAUGGGUAUCAUUGCUGCUCAUCUGUUGGACUCAGUGAAUGCUUGGAUAAUUGGAGUUGCUGUGGAGACUGGUGCUGCAAUUCAAAUGGAUAGACACCUUAUUGCGAUACUUCAACUUAUAGCUGCACUGUCAAGCCAGCCAAUGUUGGUCUGAUUGUUGGCCUAAGUGUGGGAAUCCCUGUUUUCAUUGCAAUAAUUGUCAUAAUUUGGAUGAAAAUCAAGAAGAAGGGAUGCUUUAAGCCAAAGUAGACAGUUGGAAACUAAUUCCAAUAUGGAGCAGGAAACAUUAAUAAUCAAGCUGCUCGUACUGAUCAAUAACAAUUGCUAUAAAAUUGA